AUGACGACGCCCUCGUCGCAAGCAUUAGCCAAGCGCAAUGCCGAUACCCAACUCAUGCCACCGCCGCCGCCGACAAAGCGCAUCAAACGCCCUUCGCAAGUCGUUGAUGAAGAUGUCUACACCGAUGCCCUGUCGCACAUCAUAGCCCGCGACUACUUUCCAGGCCUGCUGGAGACUCAAGCCCAGCAGGAGUACUUGGAGGCUCUGGAUUCGAACAACAACGACUGGAUCCGAGAUGCCGGCCGUAAACUGCACCAAGCCAUGACUCCUGGUCCUCGAGGGAGGAGAGGCACUUCUCUUGCCCCUUCAGCAACUCCGCGUGGAUGGCAGGGCGCCACUCCUAUGAGGACUCCCUCGGUCGCUCCCUCAGUCGCUUCCAGUAGCGCUGAAGCCUCAAAAGCGCCCGUAGACACUUCCCUCUCACUAGGCGCAUUCCAAGCCAAAUACACAUCCGAGGACAACGAGUCCUUCAACUCGCUCCUUGAUCGUCAGAACCAGAAACGGGCUGAAAAGUAUGCUUUCUUCUACAACGGCAACAAACUACCCUCAAAACAACAACUCGCCCAGCAAAAGCUUUUGUCGAACGCACCCUCACAAUCAACAGCCCUCGUAGCUCGCCCUUCACAGAACCUCGAUGAUCGCUCUGCUUCUUUUGACUCCUUCCCUAGCCGCCAAGGUCCGCGGAACACUUUGAUGUUUGCGCCUGAUGGAAUAGAAGAUACGCAUGAGACACGAUUUGACCGUGCUCAAGCUGCCUCGGUCGCUCCUCCCAAAUCUGUCUCCUACGCGGCCACGCGUCUGCCCGUAGCCCUCUCCGACGAACCGUCUGUACCGCCUUCGCCUUCAAUGUCUGCGAUUGAUGCUGCAAUUGCUGGCCGACCACGCCCCUCGUCGACAGAUGCAGGAUAUUCAGGCGCCGAAACUCCUCGAGUCAAGGGUUACGCUUUCGUCGACGCUGAACCACUACCUCAUGAGAUCGAUCCUCCGAAAGGGAUUCCUGUUUCAGACGCUGAAGCUGAUGCGGAAGAACGUGCAUCUGCCAUGGCCCUACUUCCCGCAGCUGAUCCCGAGGCUGCCAACAAUCCCUUCAAGUUACAAGCUCAAAGCAAAAGAGAGGAAAUACAUGAUCGACUUGUCGAAAAGUCAAAUGCGCAAAGAAGAAAGCCUACAGCUGGAAGCAGGUUAAGUGCCUUGAAAGGGCAAGAUGGGCGUACGCCAACACCCAGAUUUACUAGCAGUCCAGCAAUUGGUCGCCAAACACCCGGGGCGAACAUGACACCAGCUGCACGUCUACUGGCUUCAAGAAUAGGAGGUCGAACGCCUGGAGGGGCUGACACACUCUUUGGACAACAGUCUGGCGAUAAGUCCAGUCGAGUUUGGACACCGACUCCGCGAGUCAAGAAGCCAACGAAAUGA